ACCCCCCUUCGCCUUCAUCUUCUCCAUCGGACCCAGCUGAUAAGUGCGUGCCGAAUAAGAAGGCAGGUGAAGGAGAACUAAAAGUAAUUAUAAGACAAAACCCACACCAAAUUAAUCGAUCUCUGUGAGAAAGAUCGGUUCUUUCGUAUCUGGGCUCUCGGAAAGUGUCCUCCUUUCGUGUAUUUUGCGCCGGAGGCGGAGGAAAUCUCAGGAUUCUGAAUUCAAGUUAAGCUUUCAGUCUUUCUGGUAACUGCAGUCAAUCUGCUUAUCAAAUAUCUCGGAGUGGAUCCAUGGAAGCAGCUACUGCUCAGAGGUUUCAGUACCCAUCAUGGAUUGAUUGGAGGAAUUUCGAGGGAAAGCUGCUGCAUGGUUCUUUGCGGUUUUCUCAGCAAGCUAGGGAGGAUAAAAGGUUUAAAGCUCUUGCCGUAGCUCGUUUGCAACCCGAGGAAAGAAGUGAUCAUCGUCAAUUAGUCUCUUCAGGGGUUUCAUAUUCUGGGAAGAACUCUCCAGCUUCGUUAUUGGAGACUGGGAUUGUCCGUUCUCCCUUCGACGAAGAGUUGAUUUUGAAGAGAAAAGCAGAAGAGGUGAAGCCAUAUUUAAAUGGACGGCCUAUAUAUCUCGUUGGAAUGAUGGGUUCUGGAAAGACAACGGUGGGCAAGUUAAUGUCGAAAGCACUUGACUAUUCAUUCUUUGAUUGUGAUACUUUGAUCGAGCAGGGUAUGAAUGGGACUACUGUUGCUGAGAUCUUCGAGUGCUAUGGAGAGAAUUUCUUUAGAGCAAAGGAGACCGAGGCACUGAAGAAGCUCUCUCUAAUGUAUCAAGUCGUUGUCUCCACCGGCGGAGGUGCAGUAAUAAGACCCGUUAAUUGGAAGUGUAUGCAUAAAGGAAUAAGCAUUUGGCUAGACGUGCCACUGAAAGCAUUGGCGCAUAGGAUUGCUGCAGUCGGAACGAAUUCACGGCCUCUCUUACACGAUGAAUCAGGAGAUGCAUACACAGUUGCAUUCAAGCGCCUUUCGACUAUCUGGGAGGAGAGGGGAGAAUCGUACACGAACGCAAACGCAAGAGUCUCCUUAGAAAGAAUUGCAGACAAGCUCGGCUAUGGAGAUGUAUCAGAUCUCACACCGGCCGAAAUCGCCAUCGAGGCCUUUGAGCAAGUCCUGAGCUUUCUAAACCAAGAAGACGGCGGUGUGAUCUCGUCCAGAGACCUCUAGCUUUUCUGCAGUGUUGAUGUCGGGAAUUCACCAGUUAUGCCUUUGUCGGAAUCUUAAAACAUCAAAUGUAAUGUUUGUUUGCGGAAGAUUCAUUACAUGUAUAUACAUACACAUUAUAUAUAUUAUAUACGUACAAAUUUAUA